GUCUGCCUGUGCCAGUACGUGAAGAAUAUGUGAAGUACAGAUCUUUUACAAAUAAAAUUGUAAUACAAGUUUACGGGUAUUACAAAAUUUGUCUUGGCAACCUUCUAUCACGUCACUUUUCUCUAUUCUCUAUUCUUUGUGAGUGGGCUGGCUUAGAAUUGGUGAAUUUCAUGGUGUUGUGGGUGACACAUAUACGUAGAAAAAAUCUAGUGUAAGAACACCAAAUUGGCACCAACUGCUGGGAAAUGGAAUCAAUGGAAUAUGAGCUCGCAAGAAACCUCACUCUGUUGUUCUUCGUGGAACGCCUGCUCGACAAAGGCGAGCCGAGAACGUUGCACGAUCUUUCCUGUCAGUUUGGUGCCAAAGGAUUCACCAAGGAGAUGCGUCAGAUCGCCGGCGGGUCGCAAUCAGGCUUGAAAAAGUUCCUGGCUCAGUACCCCGCGUUGUUCAGCAUAGACGGGGACUAUGUUGAUAUCAACACAUUCCAGAGGCACCCGAGUGGCGGCGGCGCGUCGUCCAACAACGACUACAUCGAAGAGGCGAAGGAGUACUUUGCUAGCAAGAUGAUCCAGUACGGUGAGGGUACAGAGGUGCCUAUAAAAAGUCUCCUGGGUCAUCGCAGCCAGGCGUCUCCGCAGGUACGUCACAUCUCUGGUCAGCGCAUCAAAGAGUUUAAGGACUUUCUCCUGAAACACCCCGAUACGUUCCAGAUUAUCGAUGAUAAUGUCGUUCUAGUCAGUGAGAAUCAUAGAAGAGGUAACACAUGCAGCAAUUCUGAACAAUUUCAUAAUUUACCCGCAGCUAAUAUAAACACAGACACUGCUCAGCAGCUGCUGGAUUAUGUUGCUCAGUGCAUAGAGGCUAAGGGCCCUGUAAUGGUUGACCAGCUUUUUCACUUGAUUGUGUCACGUUUCCCACAAGAGUACUGGUACCAAAUGUUCAAGACUCCAGCGGACUUAAGUGCUUUCUUGAAAAUAUUCUCUGAUAGCUUCCAUGUUCAGUCAAAUCUUGUCACACUAAUUAGUAAACCAAAAAUACCUGUCAUGUAUCUUAAUGCAAAAUCAAAAACAAAGACUGAUCCACCAAAGCCUAUAGUGGAGGAGAAAGCAAUGUCGCCUGCUCCACCUGUAGUGGCAAGUCCCACUCCUUCAGACGGCAAACAAAGCCCUGCAAACAGAAUACUCAGUCCUGUAGAAUCUCCCCGAGGUCCACAAGCUAAUAUAGCUAACCAAACCUUAAAGCAGCGGAUCAAUUCUAUUGUCAUAAAAAAUUUAGCAGAAAAUAUGGUCAGAGACAGAGUCAACAAUCAUUUGAAUACUCGCAGUCCUGAAGAAACAAAUGGUACUUCUAUUAGAAAUAAUAUGGUGGGAGAAGCAUGGAGGCAACGAGUUCUUCAGUCUGCAACUGUUAUAGCUAAUGUCAGAGAGUGUGCCACACUCAUUGAUAGCAUAAUGAACCCUAAGCGACACACAAAGAGCAUAGUUUCCUUUGAUUGCGAGGGAAUCAACUUAGGUAUUAAAGGUGUCUUGACUAUGUGUCAAAUUGCUACUAUGAAUGGUGAAGUAUACAUAUUGGACAUAAUGGCUUGCCCUGGAAUGGUUGUUGAAGGCAAAAUUAAAGAAUUGUUAGAAAGUGAUAGCGUAACAAAGAUAAUACAUGACUGCAGAAAUGACUCAGUCAAUUUACACAAUCAAUUAGAGAUCACUUUGAAGAAUGUUUUUGAUACCCAAGCGGCCCAUGCUGUCCUGCAAUUGCAGCAGCAAAAUAUACCUGUUUACAAAGUAAAAAAUCUCAGCCUGAAUGCACUUUGUGAAUUGUACAAUGCUCCCAUGAACCCUAUGAAGGAACAGCUCAAGAAUGUUUAUCGUAGAGACCAACGCUACUGGGCCAGGCGGCCUUUAACAAAAGAUAUGAUAAUUUAUGCUGCAUCUGAUGUUUUGUCAUUAAUUAAUCCUGCAAUUUAUGCCUACAUGUCUGCUAAUAUAAAACCAGAAAACCAACAACUCUUUGAGGAGCUAAGUAAUGAACAAGUGUUUAUGCAUAUACAACCUACUGAAGUAAAAUUACGUAAACGUCAGAGGAAGAUAAACACAGAAGUUGGUGAACUAAAGCAUAAACUGGCAGAGUCUACAAAGAAUAUAGUGCUAAGCAAUAGAGAAAUAAGAUUAUUAAGAUACUUAGAGCUCACAGAAGAAGAGAAAGAAAAAUUGAAAGGUUGUCAUAAAAUUUCCAAAAAAUUGGAGAAAUUGGAAGCAAUCGGUCAUGAAAAGGACAGCGAUUCGGAAGAUGACGAAAGAGAAAACGAGAUGGCUAGCUUAGAAUCAAAUCCUUCUGAUUCUAUUUCUUCCCCACAUUCAACACAACCUCCUAGCCUCACCGAGUCAAUGCAAAUGAUGGAUGAGAUUUUAUCAGAUACAAACAUGGAUAAGGUGGAGAAAAUAAAUCGUUUAGAAGCUAUCUUAUCAGCUGUUGCACCACUCAGCGGGGAAUUGGAAGAUAAGUUUUCACAAACAAUGGAACAAACUCUGCCUCUACUGAAAAACAAAGAUUGGUCAAAUUUGAGCCAAAUACUAAACAUAGGUGAUGGGGAUAGAAAGAACUGUUGCUGCAGAUGCCAUAAUUCAACUCUUGAGGAUGCACAGUGCAAUAAUGUCAAUGAAACAAAGAAGACAGAGAUUGGAUCACAAACGCUGAGCACAGGUGACAUUGUCAUCACAAGGAUCCAUUUCCGUGAAGAGGACAAGUUGAAUGAAAGGACACUUGAUGCCACACCCUUCAGUAAACGGGUAGGCAUAAAUAAUUCAUCUUGAUGACACUCAGUCAUGCAAUUUGCAUUUCCAUAUUUCUGAGUGCCACAACUUAGUUUUGAAACUCUUCUAUAUGUGAUCAUAAUUUUUUUUGUAGUUAUUAAAUUAAAAAAAAUGUUUAACCCAGCUAUCAACUAGCCUCUAAUACUUAUAACGGAGGAGCGAUGAUAGCAGUGAGUUGAGGAAUUAAUUAAUAUAGUUUCAAUUGUGAUGUGCAUUAUCAAGUGUAUUGGCAUAUAGGGUUGGUACCUUCAGAAAGUUUUAUUUAGACAAUUUUUGUCCCCU